UCACCCUUUGGGUCUCAGGAUGAUGAUAAGGGGUACGGCGGUCCCAGUCCGGGUGACCUUCUUGAGCCGCUGUUCAAACGAAGCAGCUGCUCCUACAGGAUUGAGUCUUACUGGACAUAUGAAGUGUGCCAUGGGAAGCAUGUCAGGCAAUAUCAUGAAGAGAAGGAGACUGGGCAGAAGAUCAAUGUUCAAGAGUAUUACCUGGGGAAUAUGGCACAGAGGAGUCAGUCUUCUGAUACAGAUCAAGUUGAGGAGAAAGAAAACGCCAAAACAACUCAACAAAGAGAAGUUCCCACCAAAAACAUUGAAGGUCAGCUGACUCCAUACUAUGCUGUGGAAAUGGGAAACGGGACUCCUUGUACGCUGAAGCGGAACCAGCCACGCUCCACUGCCGUGUUGUAUGUCUGUCAUCCCGAAGCCAAGCAUGAGAUCCUUUCCAUCGCCGAGGUCACCACCUGUGAAUAUGAGGUUGUGGUGUUGACGCCUCUGCUGUGUGCUCACCCAAAGUACAGGUUCAAAUCCUCCCCGGUGAAUGCCAUCUUCUGCCAGGCUCUGGAGGGCUCCCCCCUGCGGCCUCAGCGGCUUAUUCAGUUAGACAAAGAGCAGGAGGAGCUACUUAGACCACCAUUCAGCACUAAUGCCGACACCAGAGAAGAGGACGUAUCACCAGUCAGAGAGGAAGCUUUCACCUCCACUCACAAACCCAUGAAUGUGGGAGGGCAGGUACAGGUCACGGUUGGCACCACUCAUAUCUCGCGUUUGACAGACGAGCAGCUGAUCAAGGAGUUCCUCAGCGGCUCGUAUUGUCUGCAAGGGGGUGUAGGCUGGUGGAAAUAUGAGUUCUGUUAUGGAAAACAUGUCCACCAGUACCAUGAGGACAAAGAGCAAGGGAAGAACAUUGUAGUGGUGGGGAACUGGAAUGCAGAGGAGCACAUUGAGUGGGCGAAGAAGAACGUAGCCAGAUCCUAUCAGCUUAAAGAAGACGGAGCACAGAAAGUAAAGGUCGUAUCCCACUUUUAUGGACAUGGGGAUUUAUGCGAUUUGACAGGAAAACCCAGACAGGUCAUUGUAAAGCUCAAAUGUAAGGAAUCGGAGUCUCCCCAUGCUGUCACCGUCUACAUGAUGGAACCUCAGACCUGCCAAUAUAUACUUGGGGUCGAGUCGCCGGUCAUUUGCAGAAUUCUUGACACCGCUGAUGAACAGGGGCUUCUGUCAAUCCCUAGUUAAGAUGAAAAGAUCCUGUGAUGAUCCAGCAGUGAUGCAUGAAGGAUGAGAGGACACUUG